AUGGCCUCGGGAUACGACAGAGCUCUUUCGGUCUUUAGUCCGGAUGGACACGUCUUCCAGGUAGAAUAUGCUGGCGAAGCCGUCAAGAGAGGUACUUGCGCCGUCGGCGUCAAGGGCAAGGACGUUGUUGUGCUUGGCUGCGAGAAGAGGUCGGCCAUGAAGCUUCAAGACACCCGCAUCACGCCGUCCAAGAUUGGCUUGAUCGAUAGCCACGUGUGCCUGGCCUUUGCCGGCCUUAACGCAGACGCCCGCAUUCUGAUCGACAAGGCGCGGUUAGAAGCGCAGUCACACCGCCUCAACCUUGAAGACCCCGUCACGAUCGAGUACAUCACCAAAUAUGUUGCUGGAGUGCAGCAACGGUACACACAGAGCGGUGGUGUCCGCCCUUUCGGUAUCAGCACCCUCAUCGUCGGUUUCGACAAGGGCAGCAACGUGCCCCGGUUGUACCAGACAGAGCCUUCAGGCAUCUACUCUGCAUGGAAGGCGAACGCCAUCGGGCGGUCAAGCAAGACAGUGCGGGAGUUCCUGGAGCGGAACUACAAGGAAGAUAUGGACCGCGAGGCCACCAUUCGGCUGGCUAUCAAGUCGUUACUGGAGGUGGUGCAAACAGGGGCCAAGAACAUCGAGAUUGCCGUUAUGGCGCCCGGCAAGCCUAUGGAAAUGCUGCCGGUUGAGGAAAUCGAGAACUACGUCAAGAGCAUUGAGCAAGAGAAGCAGGAGGAAGCGGCCAAGAAAAAAACUGGCAGAACCCCCGGGACAGGUACUGCCACGAUACUGACCAGGCCUCAGGAUGAGCCUGGCGAUCACUAG